AUGGGUAUAGCAGUGCUAGACAAUCUACUACCGAUAGAUGAAAUAGAGAAAUCUGACAGCAAUGAAUACGUCUUUGAACCAGAUUUGAUGUUGGAGCAUUGCCGUUCGAUCUUUGAACAAACAAAUGAAAUCCAACUAGCAGAAACAAUGUCACAAUUUCAUUCAUACAACAAGGCAAUACAACAAUUUAAACAAAAAUUAGACCCUGUUGGAGUCAUCUUGGAAGAUUUCUCUAAAGAUCUAAAAAAUUUGUCAUCAAGUUUAGUCUCAUUGGAGCAACAAUCUAGUGAUUUGUCAAAGGAUUCAAAUGUCAAUAAAAUGAUCACCAGGGAGUUGGAGAAAACAAUUAACGAAAAAGUACUUCCACCAGAGAUGAUAAAAGAUAUACUACAUGAGGAACUAUCAAAUGAAUACUUGGAGAAAGUGAAUUUCAUUCUAGAAAAGAUGAACGAUAAGGAUUCAGCAUCAAUCAAAGCAAAAGUUGUAGAAAGAAUUAGAGACUUUGUAAUAGAUCAAAUACGGUUAUUAAGGUCUCCAAGAUCAGUAUCAUCACAGAAAGUUCAACAAAAACUAAAGGAUUCUUCAAAUUUAUUCCAUUUUUUACAAUCUCAACAACCAAAUCUAGGGAUGCAACUACAACAAGCUUAUUUCCUUACGAUGAAAUGGUAUUAUAAGAGUAGGUUUGCAAAGUACAUAUAUUCAUUGGAAAAACUUUCCAGAAGACACAUAGAAAUAUCCGUGUUUGAUUCACCUAACUAUAUCAAUACGUUUGAAAAUAGAAGUAAAAUCCUUUAUGAAGAAGAAUCUUGUAUGCCAUCACAACUAGCUGAAACGAUAACAAAUCAAUACACAAUCGAAUUUGUAUUCUUACAACUUUUGGAAGCAAUAAUUGACAAUGUAUCAGUUGAAUAUUUUUUUGUGAUUGACUAUUUUUACAAAGGGAAUGAAAAAGAUAAUUCUUGGGCUGAUAAAAUGUUUGAAGAGGUUUAUAAAAUGAGUAAGGAGUUUCUAACGUUCAUUACAACUGGCUCAACUGACAUAUAUGCGGUGUUAUUAAUCAUCAAAUUAAUUUACAAGUUUCAAAAUAGAAUCCAUGAAUACCAUAUCCCUGUACUUGAUGAUUAUUUGAAUUCACUUCUUCUUAUGCUUUGGCCAAUUUUCACAAAAAUUGUUGAUUUAAAUUGUGACUCGAUGAAAAGGCAUAUAUCAAAAAGUCCCAAAUCAACAGCUCCAUUAAUUACUACACAACAAUUCGGAUUAUUUUACCUGUACUUAGUCAAGCUAUCAAUUGAUGGGACUCCUUUGGAAACAUGUAUAACUAGAAUAAGAAACGACUUUGAAAGUAGUUUGACAAAAGCAAGCUCAUCAAUUAAAGGUGCUGAUAGAGAAAUUUUCUUGAAUAGAAAUUAUUCAUUAGUGGAAACAAUACUUACGAAUGAAUCAGAAAAUAAUGAAGCACAAAUUAAUCAUUUUAAAUUAUUAGCCAAAGCAUAUACUUGA